GAAGCCUAAGGCUUCGCGAACCUCGAACCCCGGCAGAAUUCGACAACUCAUCUAUACCUUUAUCACACACAGAUGCUGAUAUGAAGCUACGAGCCCAUCUUCCUGUUGACAUUAUUCGUUCUUCAAAUCCACUCGCUGCCCUCGUAAACGAAACUCUCACAAGAUGACAAAAAUUGCAGAGGCGCCAUCUCCUGUAGUCGAGGAGGCCAACAAGAGGCCGGGUGCAUCAUGGAAAAAAGUCGAAGAGCAUGUCAUCCCAAAAAAUCGCUUGGGCAUUGUGUUCUUGGGCUUGAUGUGUACCAUCUUCUUGGUAGCUUUAGAUCAAACUAUCGUUGCGACCGCCUUGCCCACAAUUGUAGCAGAACUUGGAGGAGGCAAGAACUAUAGUUGGGUGGGAAGUGCUUACAUGUUGGUGUGCGCCUCUUUGAGCCCGCUAUAUGGCAAGCUAUCCGACAUUCUAGGGCGUAAACCCAUGCUAUAUGGAUGCAUCUUCAUGUUUUUGAUUGGUUCAGCGCUGUGUGGUGCAGCUCAGAACAUGACAUGGUUGAUUGUCUCUCGUGCCUUACAGGGAAUGGGCGGUGGCAUCUUUCAACUCGUACAGAUCACUAUAUCCGACAUUGUUCCAUUGCAAGAGCGAGGCAAGUAUACUGGUCUCGUCGGCGCUACUUGGGGAAUAGCAAGUGUUAUCGGACCGUUAUUCGGCGGCAUUUUGACUGAUCAUGUAUCUUGGAGGUGGUGCUUCUGGAUCAAUUUACCAACUGGCGGCUUGGCUGGGGUUCUUUUAUUCUUUUUCUUAAAUUUAAAUCCGCACCAAGGAAGGCCGUUCCGCGACCAUAUCAGGGAGUUUGAUUUUGUUGGACUUCUUGUAAUCAUGGCAGGUGUUGUGUGUUUGCUUAUUGGUCUCAACUCGAGUGAAACGACGUGGAAAAAUCCCGAAACUAUUGCACUCCUUGCUGUGGGAGGCACAUUGCUCAUCAUCGGUGGGAUUAAUGAGAUUUUCACGAAGAAGUCCCCCAUUAUCCCUCCUCGUCUUUUCAAGACGCGUACGACUGGCUUUACAUUGGUUUCUGUCUUCUUGCAUGCUGUGCUAUUCUUUGCAGGUGUCUACCUUCCAAUGUACUACCAAGUUCUUGGCGCAUCGGCAACGGGUUCUGGCGUCAGAAUGCUUCCUUUCUCGUUAUGCUCUUCGGUCACGUCAUCGGUUUGUGGCAUCAUUGUGGCUCGCACAGGGUCCUACCGCCCUAUGAUGUGGUUCGGAUGGAUUGUCAUGACGCUUGGUUGGGGCCUCAUGAUCAUGCUGGAUAAUACGACCACUAUUGUAGCGCAAGAAGUCUACCCCCUUAUUGCUUCCCUCGGUAUCGGUUGCGUGUUCCAGACCCCGCUUAUUGCCAUACAGGCAGCCAUGCCUAUUAAGGACAUGGCCACCAGUACAGGCGCUUUUAUGUUCCUCCGAACUCUUGGGAGUACGGUGGGCAUGACGAUCGGGGAGACUAUCAUUUCCAGUGUCCUCCACCAGAAACUGCAGGGCAUCAAAGGCCUCACAAUCAACACCUCUGCCGCGGCUUUGAAUGGUAGCAUCAAGCAGAUUUCUUCCAUUUCUAAUCCAACAGUGCGUAACGAGGUCAUGCAUGCUUACACACAGUCUAUCAGCACGAUUUGGUUGGUCAGCACGCCGCUAUCUGCAUUCAGUUUCUUUCUAGUUCUCUUUAUUCGUGCCUACACGCUAAAGCGUACGGUCAUCCGCAGCGGCGAGAAGAACCUAGGAGACGCUGAGACGGGUGCUGAUCAAGCGGCUGCAGACGACUUGGUAGCCAUAGAGUUGGAGACUUUGGAGACUUUGGAGAAGCAUAAGAAACCGGCCUUCUUUGGUGAUGCCACUAGAUCAACAGAUUCAUUUGACGAUAUUGGCAAACGAAGGACGGAAGCAGAAGAUGAGGGGAAAGAUUCUCGCCUUGCAUCUCGGACAUAGAGGUGGGCGAAACCCGAUCAUACUUCAAAGCUUCAUACUAUGUAGAGAUCGAGACGUGGAAGGAUGUCUGGGUCAAUGCCUUGCGGAGUGUCAUUUCGACUGAAACAAUGGAUUCGGAGCAGGCUCUGGUCAAAGCGAUAAGCGGGUACCUUCCAGACCAUAUUCUCUAUGUAGAAGUUGGACGAUUCACCUUGGUCAGAGCGGACUGAUAUCGUAGGGUCAGACUCGCCAGACGUACGACGGAAUUCUGUAGAAACGAAGACCUGUUAAUAGCAUCCAAUAAUCGUCGAUACCAUAGGACUUGCAAAGCCUCGAUUAAAGGUGAAUGAAAAGCUUGCUACAA